UGCACACAGACGCUCCCUUUACUUCUCGCUGGCUUAGUCCUGUGCGGGGAUGAAGAGGACGGAUUGAGACAUAUCUCUCUGCAUCUUAAGCUACCUUUCCUUAUGCUGGGCUAAUGUGAGGAGUCUGUCUGCGUUCUCUCUCUCUCUCCCAUCUCGGAGGAUUCUGCUAUAGAGGUCAGAUGUCUGGUGAAAACGUCCUGUCUUCUCCAAUAAUCUGAAACUGGCAUGAUGUCACAGCUCUUGCACAUGGAGAUCCCAAACUUUGGCAGCACAGUUCUGGACAGCCUAAAUGAACAGCGGUUGCUGGGCCAGCACUGCGAUGUGGCCAUCAUGGUCAAUGGACAGGCCUUCAAGGCCCACCGUGCCGUGCUGGCGGCCAGCAGCCUGUACUUCCGUGAUUUGUUCAGCGGUAGCACCCAGACUCUCUUUGAGCUGCCCUCGUCUGUGGCCCCAUCCUGUUUCCGGCAGAUCUUGUCAUUCUGCUACACGGGCAGGAUGACAGUGAGUGCCAGUGAUCAGCUGAUGGUCAUGUACACUGCAGGCUACCUUCAGAUCCAGAACAUUGUGGAACGAGGAAUGGACCUCAUGUUCAAGACCAGCGCUCCAUACUGCGACUCCCAGACAUCUGCCACAGACGAUCCCCCCAGCCCAAACAACAACAACAACAACUCCUCCCUGUUGCUAGGUGACCACACAACUGUCUGCAAGAUCAAGGAGGAGAAUCUGGAGACCUCGGUGUGUGCUCCGAGCGUAGAGCAAAAGCAUGCUGAGGAGGAUAGGGGCACAAGGGGCAGAUCUUCAAGGAUGAGCACUCUUUUCUACACCGGUGGAGGUGGCAAUGGGGUAAUACCUGUGAUGCAUCCCUAUGAGCACUCCACCAGGGAUCACUCCAGCCCUGGAGCCUCAAGCCUCCCAACCACAGACAGCCCAACGUCACAUCAAAAUGAGGAGGAGGAUUUUGAGGAUGACUCAUAUGAGAGCCUAACAAAUGGAAAGAUCUAUGGGGGCACGGCCAGUCUCUUUGGCAUACAAGAGAAGAUGGAGGUGUCCUCCCUGCCUCUGUCCUUGGAGAACCGCUUCUGUGUGCUGCUGGGAGGAGACAGAGAGGCUCUGCCCGCUGGUCUCAUUAGCCAGAUCGGCUACCGUUGCCACCCUGCUCUCUACACAGAGGGAGACCCUGGAGAGAGGCUGGAGCUUAUUGGAGGAUCUGGUGUCUUCAUGACGCGUGGUCAGCUGAUGAACUGUCACCUCUGCGCUGGGGUCAAGCACAAAGUCCUGCUGAGACGCCUCCUAGCUGCUUUUUUUGACAGGAACACACUUGCAGACAGCUGUGGUACUGGAAUUCGUUCUUCUAACUGUGAUCCAAACCGCAAACCACUGGACAGCCGCAUCCUCAACACGGUCAAACUCUACUGUCAGAACUUUGCCCCUAACUUCAAAGAGAGUGAAAUGAAUGUGAUUGCUGCAGACAUGUGCACAAACGCCCGGAGAGUUCGUAAACGCUGGCUCCCCAAAAUCAAGUCCAUGCUCCCAGAAGCCAUUGAGGUAUACAGGGGGACUGCAGUCCUAGGCCAGAUGGAGGGAGCCACCCAGCAAAGUGGUGGUUUUCCAUUUGAGUCAGAGUUCAAACACCUGACAGCAUCAAAUCUGACUCUGGAGCAGCAUCUCUAUGGAGACUGCAGAGAGACACUGAGGAAUGGCUCUCACUUCACAGGAGUCAGUAUAGAAGAGAGAUCCAAAGGUGAAGCAGCCAAGCCUGAGACAGGGCAAGCCAGAGAGUCAGACACCCCUCAGGACAUUGAGAGGCUUCCGGAGAGUCCUGAGAGAGCGGCCAGUGUGCUCGCCCUAAACCCAGCCAGCAAGAAAGGAGAAAAAGAGCGGGCAGCCAGCAGCCCUAGAACACAAAGAGGAACAGAACAGACAGAGACCACAUAAAGAGGAUCAGUGACUUCUUCCACUUCACAAUAUUAUAAACUGUCUGCAGCUUCUCACAUUAAAAAGGAUCUCUAAUGGCAAAUCUCCCAUGUUGCUGAACACACAGUGGCCCCAAGACGUAUUGAGACACUUAGGCCAGGCUUACAAAUGUAUGAAUGUCUUAGCAUUACAGAAUGUAACAAAAUAUCAAACCAAUUUAUUUUUAAAGAAAUAUAGCACAAAAAAAGCACUUUUCAAGCUAAAUGUUUUACAAAAAGAAGUUGAAGUCUCUAACUAGAAAAAAAGAUAGAACAUUAAAAAUGAAAACCAUGAGUAUUGGGACACAUUGUCAGUAGUAGUGGAACAUGUUCAAAGUUAAUAUGAUGAACAACACGGUUACUCUGUGAACUUGAAGGGGCUGAGGUCAUAUAGUUACUAAAAUCAAUUUAAGAUCAGUUGGUUAAAAGUAAAUGCAAAACUGUCUAAGUUAGUUCUGAGAAACAGUCUAGCUUAGCUUUUUUAGUUUAUUUUUUGCAAG